GACGCCGAUCCCCACCACCGCCACCGCCUCCCAACCUCCCUCCACGCCCGCCCCCCCAAGCCGUUCCCCUUCCCCUGAAUCUGAUCCCAUCCUUCGCCCGCUGCUCGGCGCCCAGCGGUUGCGGCCGGCAAGAUGGACAGCGCCGACGUCGCGGCGCCGUUCGGCGCGUGGGCGUCGAUCCGGGGGUACUUCACCCCGGCGACGCUCUUCCUCGUCGUCAACCUCGUCAUCGGCACCAUCGCGCUCACCUCCCGCGCCACCCAGCAGCGCCGCCGCCGGGAGCACCACCACUACCACGACGACGGCCACGGCCACUACCACCUGCAGGAACCGCCGCACCCGCAUCAGCAGCCGGCGUACGGCGACCACUACUACCAGCAGCCGCCGCAGCAAGCACUGUACGCGACGCCACCCGCGCCCGCGCCGCUCGCCCGCACGUCCUCCGUCCUGGACCGGCUCAUGUCCUUCGGCCUCUACCGCUUCCGCUCCGGCGACUUCCCGCCCGAGUACGGCGCCGCGGCGGGGCCCAACCACGCGCAGGACGCCUUCGCUCCGGUGGAGGAAGAGACGGCGGCGCAGCAGGCGCACUACGCCAGGAGCCGGUCGGAGCCGGCGCCCGCGCGGGAGGAGAGGAGGCCGGUGUCGAGGGUGAAGAAGUCGGGUGCGGAGGUGAGGAAGGCGCAGGCGGCCCGCGCGCCACCGAGGGUGGUCGAGGCGGUCGCCGGAGACGACUACUCCGUGGACGCGAGGGCGGAGCAGUUCACUGCAAGUUUCCGGCGGGAACCGUCGCCGCUGCAGCAGGAGUACAACUACCAGGAAGAGUACGUUCCGCCACCUCCGGCGCGGGCGCCGGCACCUGCAACGCUGGCGCGCACGUCGUCCGUCAUGGACCGCCUCCGCUCCCUGGGCCUCUACGGCUUCCUCGCACCUGAGCAACCCGCCGCCGCGGCGACUUCAGCAAGCGCGCCGCCGGCGCCGGCCGAGAAGAAGCAAGCGCAGUCGCACUACGACAGGAGCCGGUCCGAGCCGGCGUGGGAGCAGGGUAGCGAGAAGCAGGAGGCCAGGUCAAAAAUGGCCAAGUCGAGCUCGGAGACAAGGAAGGCCGCCGCUCCGAGCCGGGUGGAGGCGGCUCUGGCGGGCGAGAGCGUCGACGCGAGGGCGGAGGAGUUCAUCGACAGCUUCAGGCAGCAGCAGGCGCAGCACCACCGCGAAGCCGAGUACGUCCCGCCUCCGGCGGCCGCGCCGCUGGCGCGCGCGCCAUCCGUCUUUUUCCUGGAGCGCCUCCGCUCGUUCAGCCUCUACCGCUUCCGCUCCGGCGACCUCGGCCCGGACCUCCCCGCCGCCGCCGCGGAGUCGACGCCCCCGGCCGCGGACGAGAAGAAGCAGGCGGCGGCGCACUACGGGCGGAGCCGGUCGGAGCCGGCGCGGGAGCAGGGCAAGAAGGAGCCGCGGAUGAGCAAGUCGAGCUCCGUCGUCGCGGAGGAGGAGGAGCCGGCGGCGGCGGACGCGGACCAGUGCGUCGACGCGCGGGCCGACGACUUCAUCAACAAGUUCAGGCAGCAGCUGCAGCUGCAGCGGCUCAACUCGCUGCUCAACUACAAGGAGAUGCUCAACCGCGGCGGCGGCAAGCAGUAGCUCUCGCCGGCAAGGACGGAGGAAGGAGAUCGAGGAGUCCCCAUUCCGCCAUGCAGGAAUCGGCUAGCUAGCUUCUGGUUCAUCAUUGCCAGGCUACUAGGCGUUGAUGAGUGAACAGUGGCGCUGAGUGCAAUGGCGUUCCUGGUGGUUGGGACGUUCGGACGCCGGAGCCCUUCUGCACCGCUCAUCUUCCCGGCGACCUUGACCUCCAGAGCUAACAAGUGUGGGGCAGGUAUGAUGGGAUCAUGGGCGUGCACGGGUCUCGCACGGUGGUGGCCCAUGAUGCUUCUUCCUUCCGGGGUAAAACGAUGAUGAUGGUGAUGCCCGUGCACGAGCCUCUCGGCGUAGGACUCUGGACGGAGCCUUCUCUGGAAAUGGCAUAGCAUGUUAGCAUCGCUCUGAACAGUGAAUGCAGUGCACGUUGUAUACAUCACGUCCGGUCGUUCGGCGGCGACGUGGACGUGGCUUUCCAGGAUGCGCCGCGACAGCCUGCGGGUUGCGUACUUUGCAGCCUCGCCCGCAGUGUAACACAAUUCAACGCUGAUGGAUGAAAGGUACACUACAUGCCUUUGGCUAUAGA